AUGUCAGACUCUGGCAUGCCGGAAGCAAGUGGGGAGGAUGAGCGCCAGCGACAAAUUCACCUCUGGACAGAGUUCGGGCGUUAUAAGCGAGGAGAAGUCUUGACGCUCUAUCCCAGAAGCUCUGGUAUCCCCUACGGUCUUCCAGAGUACGGAUCAGAAAGGCCCGAGUCCAAUGAGUGGCUCCUCCCCGACUUCGACCCCACAGUUGAGCAGCUGGGUCAUGAAGUGCAGGUCGAGGUCAUCAGAUGCUUGAAGUGUGACAUCGAGGGUAGUGCACUUAUCCUCCUUUGCAGGGUCACUAAGACACCAUCCAUCAGCCGCGACACUCAUCAUCGUCUUACCCUCGGGCUCAAGGUCGUCCUCAAAAUCUUCGACCCAACCUUCUUCCUUCUGGACCAGCUCUCCUACUUCUUCGGGCUCACACCCAGCGAAGUUUCCCAUCAACUAUAUAGUCGGGAGGCUAAUGCCUAUAAGUACUUCUACGAGCAAAAGAUCACGGGUGAUCCUCACAUGGUACCGCAGUACUACGGCAGGUGGGCGCUCAAGUUCGACGCUAGCGAUUCACCUGAACCUGGCAGAUCCUCUUCACCCAGAACCCGCCAAUGGAGAUGUGUAGGCGCGAUUCUCAUCGAGUGCAUUGCGGACCGCUCGCUUGAGAAGAUGUGUGAACGAGACCACAGCGGAGCCUUGAUUGCCGAUAAGGCUCCCCUUCCCUACAUCGAUCACGCAAGCAGUACGUCGAAAGUUCUGUCUCUGAACGACUCUGCAUCGCGGCUCAAAGUCUUGAAGAAGGUUAUACACGGCGGUGUUUGCUUCGAGCAUAUUGGCCCCGUCAUCAAGGGUCUCGAUCCCCAUGACAUCGUCCUCACUUUCCUCCAGAACACCCGAGACCGACAGACCCCAGAAAGCAUCCGCCCUGUCCUUCUCGACUACAUCUUCUGUGUUGUGUGGUCUCAGUCCCGCGAAAGCACGCACGGACGGCUCGACGAGUUAGACGAAGAAGCACCGCUGAUCCCCCGCAGAUAUGUGAUGAACAACCAGAUGCAGGAGUUCAGAGGCUGGUUCCCAACCGAGUGGACGGAAAAGGUGCCAGGGGACUAUGAGGGAAAAUAUGACCUGAUCAUCGAGGAUAGUGACAUCCAUCCAACUCCGAAGGAGAAGCGUCUAGCCAAAGCCGAGGCCGAUCACAAGUUUAUGGUCGAGCCUUCUAGAAAGGAGAGGGAGUUUCUGCGGCGGAUCGGCCAUCCAAUUUCAGCUGAACUUGAGGCCGAAUGUAAGGAUCAGCCACCUUCAGCUGAACUUGAGGCCGCUUGUGAGGAUCAGCCACUACCUGAGACUGGAUCAGAGGAUGAGCCAACUCCAGGACCUGACGAUCAUCCAAAAUGGAAGUCACCGCAAGAGAUCUAA